UGCAGGGACUUUAUCUGCUCUCUUGGUAAAGAGAUAAUGCGUCAUCCCGUACGGUUCUCCGUUCAGUAGCGCGUCAAAAUAAUCCAUUACACAAUAAGACGCAAUCAAGAGUAUUCCCGCGGCAUCUUUAUAAGGCUCAGACGAGCAAGACAUAAAAAACAGCCGAGGCUUUAUUCUCAAGCAAAUUCAUGCGAUUUGACUUUUGGGAACGUGUGUGUGUGUGUGUCAAUAAAAACGCGAUUUAAAUCGGACAUUUACUCGUAAAAAGAAAAGUGACACUUUCUAUCUCAGGAACCAUCAUCAAUCUCGGCCGAUCCGAAAAUAAGGACAUUGAGAAAUGACCAUUACGUGUCAUGCCAAUCUUACCGCCUCGUAAUCUGCCAUUGUCUCCACCGGGUAAGCCUGUGUCAAGUAAAAAUAACAACAAGAAUACAACUUCAACACCUCCGCGGAAAAUAGUCGGAAUCGGAUCACCUUCCACUCCAUCAUCACCAUCUAGAGCUCGUGGAAAUGAAGCAGGUUCAUCAUCCUCGCCAUAUGUUCAUUCUUCACUAGGAACAGCAGCUGCAGAUCUUUCUACUUCAUCCAUCUCAUCAUCAACAUCAGGACAAUUGACACGAGAAGAAGAAACAACUUUUCAUCGAAGAUUACGAACAUUACUUUGGGAUCAUCGAACAGCAAGAGAUAAUUGGGAUGAUAUUGUGAGCAUACAGGGUGCAAAAAGUGUAGCAUCCGUUGCUAGACUUGCACAACGACUGGAUGAGCUGGUCAAAGCGAACGAUGAUCAGAAGGAAUUACCAGAAGGUUAUGACUCACUACCCGAACCUCUUCGAAUCACAAAAGCAGAACUUCAAGCCAGAAGGGCGGAUGAAUUGGCAAAAACGUUGAAAAGCUUGAAAGAAGAGCAAAGUACAUUGGAAGCAAUUCUACCAAAGAUCAAUAAAGCUCUAGCCAAACUGCAAACCCUUAAUGAAGCAGCUGAGACUUUAUUGAUCGAAGCUACACGCACAAAGGGUGAUCUAUUCGCAUUCGAACAAGAAGCAUGGCUUACGUGGCCAAUAUCGCGAUUUGUGAGCAUCAUUCAGGAAUACACUGUCAGAUAUUCUAUCCAAACAGAUCAUCUGCAAACGAUUGUAGAUAUCUUGUUCGAUCAAGGAUGCGUUACUGGACGAUCAGCCAGCAUUCAGGAUGAUGAUCAACAAAAAGAGAAGAAAGAAGGCGUUCGAGGUGACGAUAAUGAGGAAGAUGAAGAAGAAGAGGAAAAUGAAGACACUCAAGAAUCCCCUGCUUCCAAGAAGGCCAGGAAGCUGAGAGCAUUGAUACGACAACGGAUUAUGGAAGAAUGGCAGGCCUUGCCCCAUUUACGCGACGAACAUAAUCCAGACCCGAUGUGGUUCGAAGAUGUAUGCUCGGCAGAAGUAGGAAGGUGGGAUGAACGCUAA